UCAGAGCCAGAGAGCCGGUAGUAAAGACUUGAUCAUGAUUCGCAAAAAAAACAAGAGAGGAAUCAACUACCAUGAAGCUGAAAAACAGCACUUGAAGAAGGACGACUUGAAAAAGACAAAAGUGAGUAACCAAUACCUCUUCAAAAACAUCCCGCCGUACCCUCAUCCAGAGUUUCAUGUGUGUCGUCUGAAACACCACACGGACAAAAAGGGAUUACAUGGCAUCAGGAGGGACGAGGGCUUCAAGAACCCGGACCAAGACUCUCUGCUGUGGUGGAGUCUGAACGUGGGACCUGAAGGGAUCACCUCAGCUGAGAAGAGGCUCCUGGAGACCAACUACCCGGACCGGACGGAGGAGGAGAAGGCCCAGAGGCAGGAGAGCUUCCUGGGGAAGUUCGCCACCUCUCCGGCCUUCAAGAGGACCUCCAGGCUGGGCUCGUACCGCUUCACCUUUCCCCUGGAGGAGGUGCUGAAGGCCUACAGCGAGCAGAUUUGCUCCGGUGAGCCGCCCGUCAUGCGGAUGUAUGCGACCCACCUGUACAAACAGGAAGUGAUGUAUGUCGUGCUGGUCCACAGUCCGGCCAAUCAGGAGAAGUUCUCAGAAUAUCCUUUGCUGCCCGACGACCCAAACGCUGUCUGUGCUUAUAAAGAUGGCUGUUUCAUCUGGAGGUCUGAGGCCAUGUGUGAGACACAUAAGUGAGUAUUAACCACAGACACUGAACUAUCCUACUGUUAUUACUGACACCUGAACUAACCACAGACACUAGACUGUCCUACUGUUAUUACAGACAGUGAACUAACCACAUACACUCAACUGUCCUACUGUAAUUACAGACACUGAACUAACCACAGACACUUAACUAA